GUUACGUAGUAAAAAGUCUGUUUAGAUUACAAAAUAGAAAAAAAACAACUAGAGCGCAGAUCGUCAUGUAGAGUGGGCGCAGUGUAACGCAAAUUUGAUAAUUGUUGUAUACAUAUUACUUUAAAUAUCGUAAACUAAGUGCUUGUUAAUUAUAAAUAAAAUGUUAGUAUAGCCUCUUGGAUGUGAAUAAUAAGAAGAAAAAAGAAAAUCGACAAUUUGUAAAGUGCCGUAUAAAUUAAAAAAAUGUUUUACAAUGAUCCAUUAUGUAUUUAAAUGUGAAUACUAUCAGUUUAGUGUAGUCAUUACUGGUAAAACGAGUUACUUAUAAAAUGUUAUUUAAAUUAAAGAAAAAGAGUAUACUGUGUAAUUUAUUAAUUGUAACACUAUUUAGUAUAAUCAUAGUAGGAGUCUACUUAGGCAAGGUGUAUAAUAUAGACACAAAAUAUUAUAAGGAAUAUGAUACACACGAUGUGAGAGUUCGACGAUUUUUUGAACAGAGAGAGAGUUGGAGGACAUCUAAUUUGGGCUCUUUGUUAUUUAAAUAUCAAUUUGCAAAUGACAUAAUGCAUAACAACACACGUGGAAGAGAGAACAAAAGGUUUAUUGUUUUAAUAUGGAAACACUGGGGCUGGCUGAAGAAUCGUCACAUUUAUAGUUAUGAUAACGAUCGUUUAAGCGAGCCCGACCCAUUGGAGCAGUGCAGUGUGAGAAACUGCUUGUUAACAGGAGAUGACAAGUACCUGGAGUCAGCUGAUGCUGUCGUAGUACACAUACAAUACGGUGUGUUUCCUAAUACAUCGAAAAGAAAUAACAGACAAAGGUGGAUAUUUCUCAACGACGAAUCUCCUAUCAAUGCGUUUUCAAUGGCAAAAGUUAAACCAAAAUUAGAAGACUUGAAAAAUAUUUUUAAUUGGUCCAUGACGUACAGGAUCGACGCGGAUAUACCAGUGCCGUACGGUCGUACACUGCCCCUGCAGCAGCCAAUACUUGGCGACAUCACAAUGAAGUCUUUGUCCGAGUUGGUCCCAAAUUGGCACAUUAAACGUCGUGAUAAACUGGCUGCAAUCCUGGUGUCUCAUUGUGGAGUAUCGGAAAGACUGGAAUACUUGCACGAGUUAGAAAAUUACUUGCCAUUGGAUGUUCAUGGGAAAUGCUCUAAGGAUCAUAAAAAUAGCUGUCCGGGCCAUUUCAAAGUCGACUGCAAGGUGAUGGGUCAAUAUUUAUUCUACCUUGUGUUCGAGAACUCUCAUUGCCGCGAGUACAUUACGGAGAAGGUAUUCAACAACGCUUAUGAAAAGGGCGCAAUCCCAGUCAUAAUGGGACCGAAAAACGAUGACUGCGCAAAAAUUCUGCCACCCAACUCAUUUUUACACGUAGAUAACUUUGAUGGACCGAAAAAUUUGGCCGAAUAUAUUAAAUUUUUAAGCGAAAACGAACACAUUCUACUCGAAUACCACCGAUGGAGGAAUGAUUUUAAAAUCGUCAGUGAGCACGGCUAUUUUGGAACGAAGUCGGUUCAUUACUGUCGAAUCUGUGAAGCGUUAAAUUAUAACGAUCAAACAAAUAAGGUAUACGGUGAAAAUGAAUUGCGGUCGUUUUUAGAUCCCGAACUUGGGUGUUUUUAAGGACAUGCUGUGAUACUACGUUUUAAUUACUAUGCUGGCAUAUCGAGCUUUGGCCACUGUGACACGCGAACACCACCAAGUAGACGUAACCAACUUACGCCUGAACCUUAUAAUUAUUCCACAAUCUCAGAUUGAAAA